CAUUCAGAAGUGAAGAUGGAAAAUUUGAUUAUUCUCUCCGUGUUUUUUCUAAGCAGCGUGUUUUUAGUGGAUGCUCACUACAAAUGGAACUUUCGACAACAAAAAGUUAUUGAUUUCUUAAAAAAGCUAGACAGAAUGGGGCAGGCGAGAAAGCUUGUAAACGACUUUAACUACAAAAUGUUGAACCAUAUUUUAAAGACUUCCAAUGGGAACGUAGUUUUUUCACCGUAUAGCAUUUCAUCUGCAAUGGCGAUGGUUCAUGAAGGUUCAAAGACAAACACAAGAAAAGAAAUUGAAACGACUUUUGGAUGGGGAGGUAUUGAAGAAAAUAAGUUUCAUGAACUCGUACAAGAGCUUGUUGAAGGAUUUGAAAGUAACAACAGCGAUGUUUCAUUGGCCAAUAGAGUUUGGAUUGAUCAAGAAAAUGACGUUAUGGAAAGUUACAAAGAAAACCUAAAAGCAUUUUAUAAAGCAGUUCUUGGAACAGAAGAUUUUCAAAAAAAUUCUGAAAACGCCCGCCAAAACAUUAAUAACUGGGUUGCACAGCAAACUGAAAAUAACAUCAAAGAUUUGUUUCCAGAUGGUUCCAUUGAUUCUACAACAAAACUUGUAUUAGCCAAUGCUAUUUUUUUUAAAGGAAAAUGGAAAAUACCUUUCGAGAAGGAGCACACCCGGAAAAGUGAAUUUAAACUUGAAGAUGGCAAAAAUAUUGAAGUGGAUAUGAUGUGGAAAAGUGAUAAAUUUGAUUAUUUAGCAGAAACAGAAUUCCAAGUUGUGAAAAUACCUUACGCCGGAGGGAAGUACAGUAUGUUGGUAGCUAUCCCACUCAAAAUGACAGCGAAUAAACUUGCUCAAAGUACUACUCCUGAUGUUAUACAAAACUGGUUAAAACGUUUAAAACCUGGGAGAUAUCCGGAAGAUGUAGAUGUCUAUCUACCCACAUUCAAAAUACAACAUGCCGUAGAUCUAAAGAAGGGUUUACAACAGCUUGGAAUAACUGAUUUAUUUACCUCUGGGAAAGCUGACUUAUCUGGCAUAAACGGCAAACGUGAGUUGUAUUGUUCAGGCGCAUAUCAUAAGGCUUUCAUAGAAGUCGACGAAGAAGGGACUGUGGCAGGUGGUGCUACCGGUUUUGGAACAACUUUAAAGUCCAUGCCACCUCAAAUUCGAGCUGAUCGUCCUUUUGUAUUUUAUAUUGUGGAUCAUAAUACAGACGCCAUUUUGUUUGCUGGGAAAGUGGCUGAUCCAACAUCGUCAUGAAACUGACUUUGAACGUAAGGGUUCGUUUACAUUUGACUGUUUUCGCAAAAGCUAACGAAUAUUCUUGUUAGCGCCUGUGCGCUUUGACAAAGUUAAGAGGUCUUGCCCAAGUUCAUGCACUAACAAAAAAAACUCGUUAGCCUUUUGCGCUAUCAACAAAAAUGUAGUCGAAUAGGAACAACCUUAUAAACUAAACUCUGUCACUCAAAUUACAUCACCCAAAACCAACAAAGAAAGUAGAAAAUUAUAUCUGCAUUUUUAGUUAAAACAUCCUCGUCCCCAGUGUGUUGGAUUUCUUAUUUUUGAAGGUAAACCAGUUUCCUUAUGACGAGGCUGUAGUUAAAGUAAUUAUGAAUUAUGUAAGAGGGAAAACUAUAUCUUAUUUGGAUUACGAUUAUUUUGUAGAAAUGACCACAUAAUUAAAACCUCGCGUA